CUACACCAAGUUCUCAGCACAGAGAAUCACCCAUACUUAAAAUACAACUUUGUUUAUGCUUUUAUGAAGAUACUUUUAAAAGUUACACGGGAGUCACCUGAGUAACAGAAAAUUCAGAACUGCUGCAUGCCGGUGCACACAGGUUAAUGUGCUUAUUUGCUCAAGUCCAUUCAUUGCCAAAAUAGCAUUUCCUUCUCGCACUUGGUGCUCUGCUGUGGGAUAACAUCCAGAUCUUGUUUGCCUCUGGAUUGGAUUGCUGGUCUGUUCCGCUCCGUUAAAUGCCCAGAUCAGUUUGAAGGAAUCCAUCUGGUGACUGGAAAUAUUCCCUAUGGUCAAGCAACACUUUCAACCAACCUUGUUUUUUUUUAAUUAAAUGAACUUAAAUUUUGAGGUAUUUUUAGUGGGCUCCUACAAGUGAUCUGGCACCAUGGUGGCCCUGUCCUUGAAGAUCUGCAUCCGCCAGUGCAAUGUGGUGAAGACGAUGCAAUUUGAACCAUCCACUGCAGUGUAUGAUGCAUGUAGAGUUAUUCGUGAGCGAGUGCCUGAGGCUCAAACAGGGCAAGCCUCUGACUAUGGACUGUUCUUAUCAGAUGAAGAUCCUCGGAAAGGUAUUUGGUUGGAAGCUGGAAGGACACUGGAUUAUUAUAUGCUGCGAAGUGGGGAUAUUUUGGAGUACAAAAAGAAACAGAGACCUCAGAAAAUACGAAUGCUUGAUGGAUCAGUGAAAACUGUUAUGGUGGAUGAUUCUAAAACUGUUGGUGAAUUGCUGGUUACCAUUUGCAGCAGGAUAGGCAUAACCAAUUAUGAAGAGUACUCCGUAAUCCAGGAGAGCGUUGAGGAGAAAAAGGAGGAGGGCACAGGUACACUUAAGAAAGACAGGACGUUGUUACGAGAUGAAAGAAAAAUGGAGAAGUUGAAGGCGAAGCUUCAUACAGAUGAUGAUUUAAACUGGCUAGAUCACAGUCGAACAUUCAGAGAACAAGGAGUUGAUGAAAAUGAAACACUGCUGCUGAGGCGAAAAUUCUUUUAUUCGGACCAGAAUGUAGAUUCAAGAGAUCCUGUUCAGCUGAACUUGCUUUAUGUUCAGGCUCGAGAUGACAUUCUGAAUGGCUCCCAUCCGGUCUCCUUUGAGAAGGCUUGCGAGUUCGGAGGCUUUCAAGCACAAAUCCAGUUUGGACCUCAUGUAGAGCACAAACACAAACCUGGAUUUUUAGAUCUGAAAGAAUUCCUGCCUAAAGAAUACAUCAAACAAAGAGGAGCUGAAAAGAAAAUAUUUCAGGAACACAAGAACUGUGGAGAGAUGACUGAAAUUGAAGCCAAAGUGAAGUAUGUGAAGCUAGCACGUUCCCUCAGGACAUAUGGAGUGUCCUUUUUUCUUGUUAAGGAAAAAAUGAAAGGCAAAAACAAGCUUGUUCCUCGUUUGCUGGGCAUCACCAAAGACUCAGUGAUGCGUGUGGAUGAGAAGACCAAGGAGGUGUUGCAGGAAUGGCCACUGACAACUGUGAAGCGCUGGGCUGCCUCUCCAAAAAGCUUCACUCUGGAUUUUGGUGAAUAUCAAGAAAGUUACUACUCAGUACAAACCACUGAAGGAGAACAGAUCUCUCAGCUAAUUGCAGGUUACAUUGAUAUCAUAUUGAAGAAGAAACAAAGUAAGGAUAGAUUUGGGCUUGAAGGUGAUGAGGAAUCAACAAUGUUGGAAGAAUCUGUGUCACCUAAGAAAUCUACCAUCUUGCAGCAGCAGUUCAACCGAACUGGGAAGGUAGAACAUGGCUCGGUGGCAUUGCCUGCUGUGAUGCGUUCAGGCUCCAGUGGCCCAGAGACUUUCAAUUUUGGCAGCAUGCCUUCUCCCCAGCAACAAGUCAUGAUUGGGCAAAUGCACAGAGGCCACAUGCCUCCCCUGACCUCAGCACAGCAGGCCUUGAUGGGGACUAUUAAUACUAGUAUGCAUGCUGUUCAGCAGGCACAGUCCGACCUCAAUGAAGUUGAUAACCUACCACCUCUAGGACAAGAUAUGGCAUCGAGGGUAUGGGUUCAGAACAAAGUUGAUGAAUCAAAACAUGAAAUUCACUCUCAGGUUGAUGCUAUCACUGCAGGAACUGCCUCUGUUGUUAACCUCACAGCAGGUGACCCAGUUGACACUGAUUACACGGCUGUGGGAUGUGCAAUUACAACCAUCUCUUCUAACCUGACUGAGAUGUCCAAGGGUGUGAAACUGCUUGCUGCCCUAAUGGAUGAUGAAGUUGGAAGUGGGGAGGACCUCCUGAAAGCUGCUCGGACUUUGGCAGGUGCUGUCUCGGACUUGCUGAAAGCAGUGCAGCCGACCUCAGGAGAGCCUCGCCAAACAGUUUUAACUGCAGCUGGAAGCAUUGGGCAAGCCAGUGGGGAGCUCCUGAGACAGAUAGGAGAGAAUGAAACUGAUGAAAGAUUUCAGGAUGUACUGAUGAGUCUUGCCAAAGCUGUUGCAAAUGCUGCUGCCAUGUUGGUGUUGAAGGCUAAGAAUGUGGCUCAAGUUGCUGAGGAUACAGUCCUGCAGAACAGGGUUAUUGCUGCUGCUACGCAAUGUGCACUAUCCACCUCUCAGCUUGUGGCAUGUGCCAAGGUUGUGAGCCCCACUAUCAGCUCUCCCGUAUGCCAGGAACAGCUGAUCGAGGCUGGAAAACUGGUGGAUCGUUCGGUGGAGAAUUGUGUCAGAGCCUGUCAGGCUGCCACAGAUGACUCUGAGCUGCUGAAGCAGGUCAGUGCAGCAGCCAGUGUAGUCAGCCAGGCCCUGAAUGACCUCUUGCAGCACGUCCGUCAGUUUGGAAGCAGGGGAGAGCCCAUUGGACGCUAUGACCAGGCAACGGAUACCAUUAUGUGUGUCACUGAAAGUAUCUUCAGUUCGAUGGGGGAUGCUGGUGAAAUGGUGCGGCAGGCCAGGGUACUUGCCCAAGCUACUUCGGAUCUUGUCAAUGCUAUGAGGUCAGAUGCGGAGGCUGAAAUUGACAUGGACAACUCUAAAAAGCUCCUAGCUGCGGCUAAACUUUUGGCAGAUUCUACAGCUCGCAUGGUUGAAGCAGCAAAGGGGGCUGCAGCAAAUCCUGAAAAUGAAGACCAACAGCAGAGACUGAGAGAAGCGGCAGAGGGACUACGGGUUGCCACAAAUGCAGCUGCUCAGAAUGCCAUCAAGAAGAAAAUUGUCAACAGAUUAGAGUUUGCAGCUAAACAGGCAGCAGCUGCUGCCACUCAGACAAUUGCAGCCUCUCAGAAUGCGGCCGUUUCCAACAAGAACACAGUAGCCCACCAGCAACUUGUCCAGAGCUGCAAGAAUGUUGCUGACCACAUUCCUCAGCUGGUGCAGGGUGUGAGGGGAAGCCAGGCUCAGGCAGAAGACCUCAGUGCUCAGCUUGCUCUGAUAAAUUCCAGCCAGAACUUCCUUCAGCCUGGAAGUAAGAUGGUGGCAUCCGCCAAAGCUGCAGUACCUACUGUAAGUGACCAGGCCGCAGCAAUGCAGCUAAGUCAGUGUGCCAAGAACCUUGCAACGAGCUUAGCUGAGCUAAGAACUGCCUCCCAAAAGGCUCAUGAAGCAUGUGGCCCUAUGGAAAUUGACUCUGCUUUGAACACAGUCCAAACACUCAGAAAUGAACUGCAAGAUGCUAAGAUGGCCGCUGUAGAUGGACAGUUAAAACCACUCCCAGGAGAAACGCUGGAAAAAUGUGCGCAGGACCUCGGAAGUACCUCUAAAGCUGUUGGUUCAUCAAUGGCCCAGCUGUUGACUUGCGCUGCUCAAGGCAAUGAGCACUACACAGGGGUUGCUGCCAGGGAGACAGCUCAUGCUCUGAAGACUUUGGCUCAGGCAGCAAGAGGCGUUUCAGCAUCCACCACUGACCCAAUGGCAGCACAUGCAAUGUUAGAUUCUGCAAGGGAUGUCAUGGAAGGCUCUGCUAUGCUUAUUCAGGAAGCAAAACAGGCUCUGGUUGCACCUGGGGAUGCAGAAAGUCAGCAGAGGUUAGCUCAGGUGGCCAAAGCUGUGUCUCACUCAUUAAAUAACUGUGUAAAUUGUCUGCCUGGACAAAAGGAUGUUGAUGUGGCCUUGAAGAGCAUUGGAGAAUCCAGCAAGAAACUGCUUGUUGAUUCGCUGCCUCCAAGUUCUAAAUCUUUCCAAGAAGCCCAAAGUGAACUGAACCAGGCUGCAGCUGACCUGAACCAGUCGGCAGGGGAAGUGGUUCAUGCUACCCGGGGCCAAAGCGGAGAGUUGGCUGCAGCCUCUGGAAAGUUCAGUGAUGACUUCGAUGAGUUCCUUGAUGCUGGUAUUGAAAUGGCUGGUCAAGCACAAACUAAAGAGGACCAGAUUCAAGUAAUAGGGAACCUCAAGAACAUCUCUAUGGCCUCCAGCAAGCUCCUGUUGGCUGCCAAGUCUCUCUCGGUUGAUCCUGGAGCUCCUAAUGCCAAGAACCUCCUAGCUGCAGCUGCAAGAGCUGUGACGGAGAGUAUUAACCAGCUCAUCACUCUGUGUACCCAACAGGCGCCAGGGCAGAAGGAAUGUGACAAUGCUCUCAGAGAACUGGAGACAGUUAAAGGAAUGCUGGAUAACCCCAAUGAACCUGUAAGCGAUCUCUCGUAUUUUGAUUGUAUUGAAGGUGUUAUGGAAAACUCCAAGGUCCUUGGAGAGUCAAUGGCAGGCAUUUCCCAGAAUGCCAAGACUGGGGAUCUGCUGGUCUUUGGAGAAUGUGUUGGAGUUGCUUCCAAGGCACUUUGUGGUCUCACAGAGGCUGCAGCCCAGGCCGCUUACCUGGUUGGCAUCUCAGAUCCCAACAGUCAGGCUGGUCACCAGGGGCUUGUCGAUCCUAUCCAGUUUGCCAGGGCCAAUCAGGCAAUCCAGAUGGCGUGUCAGAAUCUGGUGGAUCCAGCGAGUAGACCAUCACAGGUUUUAUCAGCUGCCACAAUAGUGGCCAAGCAUACUUCUGCUUUGUGUAACGCUUGUCGUAUCGCUUCAUCGAAGACAGCCAACCCCGUUGCCAAGAGACAUUUUGUGCAGUCUGCUAAGGAGGUCGCAAACAGCACCGCCAAUCUGGUGAAAACUAUCAAGGCCCUGGAUGGUGAUUUCUCUGACGAUAACCGCAAUAAGUGUAGAAUUGCGACUGCACCUUUGAUUGAAGCUGUGGAAAAUCUGACAGCAUUUGCUUCCAAUCCAGAGUUUGUCAGUAUACCAGCCCAGAUCAGCAUGGAGGGAUCUCGAGCACAGGAGCCAAUUCUGAUUUCCGCCAAGACGAUGUUGGAGAGCUCAGCUUUAUUGAUCAAAACUGCUCGUUCGCUGGCUAUCAAUCCAAAAGACCCACCUACUUGGUCUGUACUUGCUGGGCAUUCGCACACGGUUUCAGAUUCAAUUAAGAGUCUGAUCACUUCCAUUAGGGACAAAGCCCCGGGCCAGAGAGAAUGUGAUUACUCCAUUGAUGGAAUCAAUAGAUGUAUUAGAGAUAUUGAGCAGGCUUCCCUUGCAGCGGUCAGUCAGAACUUGGCCACAAGGGAUGACAUCUCAGUUGAGGCUUUACAGGAGCAGUUGACAUCAGUUGUUCAGGAAAUUGGGCACCUUAUUGAUCCCAUAGCAACAGCAGCUCGGGGAGAGGCAGCUCAGCUGGGACACAAGGUUACGCAACUGGCGAGUUACUUUGAACCCUUGAUUUUAGCUGCAGUUGGUGUGGCAUCCAAGAUGCUAGAUCAUCAGCAACAGAUGACUGUCCUGGACCAGACAAAGACACUAGCAGAAUCUGCCCUCCAGAUGCUGUAUGCAGCCAAAGAAGGAGGAGGAAAUCCCAAGGCAUCUCACACUCAUGAUGCAAUCACAGAGGCUGCUCAGCUGAUGAAGGAGGCAGUGGAUGAUAUAAUGGUUACACUGAAUGAAGCUGCCAGUGAAGUGGGCAUGGUUGGAGGUAUGGUAGACUCAAUAGCUGAGGCCAUGAGCAAGCUGGAUGAGGGCACACCUCCAGAUCCAAAGGGAACAUUUGUUGAUUAUCAAACUACGGUAGUGAAAUAUUCUAAAGCCAUUGCUGUAACAGCACAGGAAAUGAUGACUAAGUCGGUUACUAACCCGGAGGAGUUGGGAGGACUUGCAUCACAAAUGACCAAUGACUAUGGGCAUUUGGCUCUCCAGGGCCGAAUGGCAGCAGUUACAGCUGAACCAGAGGAGAUAGGGUUCCAGAUCAGGACUCGGGUACAGGAUCUUGGUCAUGGAUGUAUCUUUCUAGUACAGAAAGCUGGAGCUCUACAGAUUUGCCCUACGGACAGCUACACCAAGAGGGAGUUGAUAGAGUGUGCUCGUGCUGUCACUGAAAAGGUUUCCUUAGUUCUGUCUGCCCUUCAAGCAGGAAACAAAGGGACUCAGGCUUGUAUCACUGCAGCUAGUGCUGUGUCGGGGAUAAUUGCAGAUCUGGACACAACUAUCAUGUUUGCUACAGCUGGAACCCUUAAUGCUGAGAACAAUGAAUCAUUUGCGGAUCACAGGGAAAAUAUCCUGAAAACAGCAAAAGCUUUAGUUGAAGAUACAAAAUUGCUUGUGUCUGGGGCUGCCUCAAGUCAGGAUAAACUAGCCCAAGCUGCUCAGUCAUCGGCUACCACCAUCACACAACUAGCAGAGGUGGUAAAACUGGGAGCAGCCAGCCUGGGAUCAGAUGACCCUGAAACACAGGUUGUACUGAUCAAUGCUAUUAAGGAUGUUGCUAAGGCCCUUUCUGAUCUCAUUGGUGCUACAAAAGGAGCUGCUAGCAAACCAGCAGAUGAUCCAUCCAUGUACCAGCUCAAAGGUGCAGCUAAGGUGAUGGUAACCAAUGUUACAUCACUUCUGAAGACUGUUAAAGCAGUAGAAGAUGAAGCUACUCGAGGCACAAGAGCUCUCGAGGCCACGAUUGAGUGCAUCAAACAGGAACUCACGGUAUUUCAGUCGAAGGAGAUUCCAGAAAAGACAUCAUCACCUGAAGAAUCGAUCCGGAUGACGAAAGGAAUCACCAUGGCAACUGCCAAAGCUGUUGCAGCUGGGAACUCAUGCAGACAGGAGGAUGUGAUUGCUACAGCGAAUCUGAGCCGCAAAGCAGUAGCUGAUAUGCUAACAGCUUGUAAGCAAGCUUCCUAUCACCCAGACGUGAGUGAAGAUGUUCGAGUGAGAGCACUGCGAUUUGGAACAGAAUGUACCCUGGGAUACUUGGAACUCCUAGAACAUGUCCUCCUGAUUCUUCAGAAGCCAACUCCAGAGCUGAAGCAUCCGUUGGCUGCCUUCUCAAAGCGGGUUGCUGGUGCUGUGACAGAGCUUAUCCAGACAGCAGAAGCAAUGAAAGGCACAGAGUGGGUGGAUCCAGAGGACCCAACAGUCAUUGCUGAGACAGAGCUAUUGGGGGCUGCAGCUUCAAUUGAGGCUGCAGCAAAGAAGUUAGAGCAGUUGAAACCACGAGCCAAGCCGAAGCAAGCCGAUGAGACUCUGGAUUUUGAAGAACAGAUCCUGGAAGCAGCUAAGUCCAUUGCAGCUGCUACCAGUGCCCUAGUCAAGUCAGCCUCGGCAGCCCAGAGGGAGCUGGUGGCACAGGGAAAGGUUGGAGCUAUCCCUGCAAAUGCAGCUGAUGAUGGACAGUGGUCUCAGGGACUUAUUUCCGCUGCCCGAAUGGUGGCAGCUGCAACCAGCAAUCUGUGUGAGGCAGCUAAUGCCUCGGUGCAAGGUCAUGCUAGCGAGGAGAAACUCAUCUCAUCUGCCAAACAAGUUGCGGCUUCUACAGCACAGUUACUUGUGGCAUGCAAAGUGAAGGCUGAUCAAGACUCCGAGGCCAUGAGAAGAUUACAGGCUGCAGGGAAUGCUGUUAAACGAGCAUCUGACAAUCUUGUCAGGGCAGCCCAGAAAGCAGCAUUUAGGAAAGCGGAUGACGAUGAUGUGGUGGUCAAAACCAAGUUUGUUGGUGGCAUCGCUCAGAUCAUUGCAGCCCAGGAGGAAAUGCUGAAGAAGGAAAGAGAGCUGGAAGAGGCAAGGAAAAAACUGGCUCAGAUCCGCCAGCAGCAGUAUAAAUUUCUCCCCACAGAACUGAGAGAAGAUGAGGGCUAAACUGCUGAGAUGUUUUAAUGAAAUGAGCUCAAGGGGGACAGUACAGAGAGAACUAACCUGACAGCAUUCUGAUAUGCCAAGCACUUACCUAAACAAAUUGCCUGUAAUAGCUUUAGGUGAGCAGAGGGCAAUAAACGUUUGUUCUUUCUUAUCUGUUCACGUAAGGUGCGUGCUCAUCAAACAGAUGGUACAGUGUUAAGUCCACCAUUCCUGUUCCUUCCUUCCCUGACUCACUGUAUCUCAGGAGAGAAUGCCUCACUUUUUACAGAAGGUUAUAAAAUCAGUAUUAUGUCAUUACCUUAAGCUUGAUCUAUUUAUUGUUCCUUGAUCUGUUGUAAGACUUUGUUAAUAUUAAUAGGAAAACCGUUUCUCAUAGCUAUCUACCACUAUGGAGCCAGUGGAUUUUUUUUCCUCCAACAAGAAGACCAAGAUUAAGGUGAAUAUUUAUUUGAGAGGAAAAAGGCACCUGAGCGUGGGUUCUAGAGAUUGUGUCCUUUUUCAGUGUUAUGAAGUUGGUUCACCCCAGGAUCGGAGGGAUCUUCUUUGUACCUGUUUGCACUAGUUUUAUUAGUUCCUACACAGUAUCCACCAGCUUCUGCUUGUACAGUAUUUAGAUUCACAGUUCCCUGGCCUGCAAAACAUGGCAGUAUCCAUUUGUUUCAUUGUUCAACUAAACCAAGAAAUGGAAAUCUAGUCACGGUCUUAGUACCGGGUUCAUGAAGGAAAAUGUUUUUCAAUUAUAUACCUCUCAAUGUGAGACUACUUUUACAAUAGGAAACAUCCACAAAAACUCAAUUAACAUUGGACUGAGUAGCUCCUUUUGAAGUAUCUUACCUGGCUCAAACUGUGGGAUUUCUGCUAGAAUGUAUGCUAACUGAAGUAGACACAUUCUUAGUACUACAAAAGACUAUCGGAAUUCUUGCUAUUCUCAUAAGGAUUUUAUUUCUAAGUGUUUUGUUUUGAAAUCUAGAUGGGUUGAUUUGGGGUAUUUUUUGUGUGUUUGGGUUUUUUUUAAGAAACUAAUAGCUGUUUUAGAAAGGGCCCUUUUCUGAAAUAUAAAAGAACAUCUGCAAGUCUGAACUAUGGAUGCUUGGAAGUUGAUAUUUUCCUUAUUUGCAUUGAUCAGAAUGCCCUCUCUGCGGAACUUCAUUGCAGAGAAGGGAUAGCAGAAAUUGUGCUUAUGUCGUGGUUUCAUAAGGUACUGUAACUUUCUCAAUCUCUGACGUGGCAUAAACCCACAGUGUGGACUACAGCUAUAGCAUGACACGUUCCCAAGAUGGGUAGAGUCAAUGGUGCAUUUUAUAAUGUGUGAUUAAAAACAAUACAGAAACCGGAACUAGCAAAAGCCACCUGUUAGACCAGCUACAGAAACAAGGUCUUUGUUAACCAUGAGUCUCCAGCACACGCCCAUCCCUGCACAAGCCGUCUGAGCAAAUAAUGUAAAGUCCGUUUGGGUCAAAGAAUGUUGCUGCUCCACUUCUUCUGAAAGCCAUGCUGCCAUUUUAGAUAUCUACCAUUACUUUCAACUGAGCCAGUUGUGUUAGAUGCCUACCCACUUAAUUGUCCUUGGUGGAGAAGAACUUGUCACAUAGACUCAGAAGUAACCCUCUUGUGUUAGGUUACCAAUUUAGAUAUUGCUAACUUCUAAUGUAAGUUUAUUUGCAUGUAUGAUACCUAUCAGAAAUUUUGUGUCACUAGUAUAAAGAUAUCACAAAAAUUAAUAGAAAAUAAUUAAAAUGUACAAUUUUUUUAGUGUCUCUUCUCUGAGGCUGAAGUAUUUCAGACUCAGUAGAAUUGUGGAUUCUCAGUAAAUUAUGAGAAAGCGAUUGGCAAGCCCUGAGUAAAAUCCUUUUGAUAUGAGCAAAUAUUGAUUUGCAUAAGUGUGUCCAAAAUGAGCCUCUGCCCUACCUGUGUAGACAAGGUAAAAUGAGACUGAAAGCAGUGUGUAGCCUCUCUGCACGCAACUGCCACCAGAGAGAGAUUCCAGUCUAUGCUUUACAACCCCAACAGUAGCUGUACUGGUUAGAUUGUCACCAUGAGAUUGUGCAGUGAGUUCAGUGAGCAGUGGCACAAAGCAUAUAUAUAAAAAAUUCUUUCGAAAAACAGAACAAAUCCUUCAUUUAAGAUUUUAAAGUAACCUGGAAGGCUGAAACAUGGCUUAUUUUUGUAGGGUCUAAAUACACAUGGUCUUAUCAGAGCUUUCUGCUGCUUUUGCUUAUUCAGUAUGUCAGGCUUCCAGUUUGUAGCUUUUUCUUUUGCUUAUCUGGAUAGUAUCAACAUUCCUGUCACUUUUUUUUUUUUUAAGAUUUGGGGGCUGGAGGGUGUUGUGGUCUGUGUCUUGCAGAUUUUUUCUUUUACUAUGUAUUGCUUUAUUUCACUUACUGUAAUUUAAAGUACUCCAAGUAAGAUGACGUUUUCACUAAUAAUGAACCAGUGCUUCAUUUGUGAUCACUGUAGUACAAUAACACAGCAUUUUAAUUGUGCAGACAGUGAGAAUGGUAUUUCCCUGUUUUAGGAAAAGAAUAAGCCAAAACCCCAGUAAAAUUAAACUGUAAACAGAAAUUGUACUACUAGAAUUUUUUCAAGCUAAUGGGAAUUUUUAUGUUCAAAUCAUCCUCUUGUCAAAGUUUUGAGGGAAAUUUAUUUCAGUACUUAUACUUGAGGGAUGAUUAUUUCUUGAUUUUAGUGCUCUAACUUGAGACACUGGAUUGACCAGACUUUUUUCUCCUUAGUCUUAUGAUCAACAGACUUAUCUACACCAGUGGUUCUCAACGAGGGGUCCGAGGCCCCCCCUGAGGGUCCGCAAGCAGGUUUCAGGGGGUCCACUGAGCAAAGUCAGGUUGAGACUCCCUGGGGCCCACGGCAGAAAGCCAGAGCCCCUGAGCAAAGUAGCUUCCCCAGGCAAUGGCUCUGCUUGCUACCCCAUAACACCGGCCCUGGCUUUUAUAUGCAGAAACCAGUUGUUGUGGCACAGGUGGGCUGUGGAGUUUUUAUAGCAUGGGGGGAAGGGCUCAGAAAGAAAAAGGUUGAGAACCCCUGAUCUACACAGAAAGUUACUGGGCAGGAAGCCAAGGUGUGAAUCUACAGCACAAUAGCUUGCUGCACAGUAACGUCGCCUGUGGAUACUGCUAGAGUGCACUCUGGAACUUUCAGACAUUAUUGCACAGCAAGCUAGUGCACUGUAGAUGCACACCCUGGCUUGCCGUUCAGUAACUUUCCAUAUAGACAAACUUGGGAUAUCCAAGUAUCAGAGGGGUAGCCGUGUUAGUCUGGAUCUGUAAAAGCAUCAAAGAGUCUUGUGGCACCUUAUAGACUAACAGACGUUUUGGAGCAUGAGCUUUCGUGGGUGAAUACCCACUUCGUUGGAUGCAUGGGAUAUCCAGCACACUAGCUGAAGUGUUUUUCAGCUUGAUUUCUGGAUUUUGAUCUGGGAGACAGCUAGAUUCCACAAACUCAUCUGAAGUCUAUUUCACUUUCUUCUCAUCUGUGGCACUUGUAGUAACACUGAAAUCAAAGUUAGAACAUCUGUGGUGUUGGUAAUUAAUGCAGUGCAGUUAUUUGGCAUGGAGAGUUGCAACAGAAAAUCUCAGGCAGGGAUGAGGAUUGGGUAGUAAUUAGACAUAUUUGCUUCCUUACCUAUUCUUCUGGGUUUUAAGUUUUGAAUUAGCAAACAAGUUAUGUAGUAUCUUGCACAUCUUCAUGGUGUGGAACUUGCUUUAAGAAAUGUCUGGAAAUUAAAAACAAAAUGCUUCAAAGUUCUGUAUGUACAAAUAUUCUAGGGAGGUUUUACACGAAGGUCCAGAAGAUAAAUUGGAAUUGGAGGGAACACUUUUUGUAGUUUGUCUAAACUUUUCUUUUUUCUAGGCCAGCAACUGCAAAGUGAGGGAUGGGGGAGAGUUUUUUAAACCAAAGGUUGAAGACUGAGCUCUUGCUUCCUUUUUUCCAGUUGCUUUUGCUCUCCUGCAUCUUCAGACUAUGACAGAAUCGAUCAGAAUUUCAGCAUAAAUUGUCUUUUACAUUUACCUAGGAAAUAAACAGGUUUUUCUAGCCUCAUGUUACUAAAAAAAACACUCAGACCAGGCUCCAGAACGUACUGAUGAAAAGGCCAUCAAGGAAUACAUCUUGUGUUUUGUGCCAGGGCUAAUCCAUGGAGCUUUUUGUGCCUUAUUAUGUAUAUUAAAAGCUCCUGCCCUAUCUUACACUUAAAGUUGGGGAAAGUUAAACUUUGUGUACUGUUGGUUUCUGUGAGUUUGAAUAGAAAUUUGGAAGAUUUCAGUGGAAUCAGCUCAUCAUCGCUAGUCAAUAUUAAUCCUGGAACUUUCUUUUCUGUAUUUGCAGUAAUAUAAAGAGAAAUACACUGCUCAAAGGGUGUGUGUUUGUUAGUGCCUGUUACCAGCAAUAUCAUGACAUUGCUGGUAACACUCCCAUAGAACUUACAUAGCAUCUACAAAGUCAAUAACUUUUUUUUUUUAGGUAAUAUAUAUUACCAGUCUGCUACUGAUUACUGUAAGGAAACCAUCUGUGCUGGACUUACCAUAUUAACUAAUGCUGCAGUGAAAUCUGACAAGUUAGGUGCUAAUGUUGUUGAUACAAUAUUCUACGUUAAGCAAAAUCUCAAAAGAGAUGAAGUUAGUGGACUGCUGAACUUCACUACACCUAGCAGAGAUGUGGAAUAGUAGCAAGGUAGCUAGAGUAGAGAUUUUUCUCUACCGUCCAUCCUUAACAAUGCUAACCAGGGCAAAAAUACAAUUGAUAAUAAAUGGGGAAAAGCAGUGUGGGAAAGCUUUGCUACAAUUUAUCUGAAACAGAGAAAUUUAAGUGGAUCUCUGUCUUUCAACAACAACAAAAUAAUUUUAAACUGGGCAUGGGCCAAUAGGAUAACAUGUCCUAUCCACCUAUCACAGAGAGCUGGCAAACUUUACCAUGCACAUCUUAAAAGCCUAACACCUCCAUGGCAUAGUUCUGUUCUAACUUGCCUUGUAAGGCAACCAAGUAUCUUUUAGUGUAAAAAUGCUAAGGAUGUAAACAUGAUACUUUUUUCAUGUCCUUUAUUUCAUUUGCAUGUGGCAACAUGGUAUAUGAAAGAUAAUUACUUUGCCUAGCGAGAAUUCCUGUCCAUCAAUAGAGUAAUAUAUUGAGUUGUAAGUAAUUAGUGCUGCCUUUGUUGCUUUAAAAAAAUCAAACCACUAUGGAUUUUUUUCUUACUGAAAUUUACUAACUUUAUUAAUAUGAUUGCAGCUGAAGAACUUUCUGAGUGAGACAGUUUUAUAGUGGUAUGCUUGCAGGUCGUGCUGGAGUUUGGGGUGUGAGCUCGUGUUCUGUAGUUCAACUUUCUCCCAGAGCUUUAACCACACAGGAAAGCAUGAAGGGGGUUAGCCAUGCUGUUACACUGUAUGUAUGCUGUUUAUCUGGCCACAAAAAGUAUUUUUUUGUAUUCACCAAAAAUAAACUUUUGAAGGAAUGACCACC